AUGGGUUUUCUGCUCAAGCAGCCCGAGGGCACCGCAGGCAAGGCCUGGCCUGCCAUCUUGAUCAGUGGUUUUGUUGCAUUCGGAGGUAUUCUGUUUGGAUAUGACACAGGAACGAUCAGCGGUAUCCUUGCCAUGCCUUACUGGGAUCGAACAUUCUCCACCGGAUACAGAAACGCAGACGGUAAUCUGACUAUCACGGCUAGUCAGUCGGCUGCCAUUGUGUCUAUUCUGUCUGCUGGAACUUUCUUUGGUGCUCUUGGUGCCGCCCCUAUGGGUGACUUGCUUGGUCGUCGCUGGGGAUUGAUUGCCUCGACUGGAGUUUUCACCGUGGGUGUGAUCUUGCAAACCGCCGCGACGGCCAUCCCUCUCUUCCUGGCUGGUCGUUUCUUUGCUGGAUUUGGUGUGGGUUUGAUCUCCGCCCUGAUCCCCCUUUACCAGUCCGAAACCGCCCCUAAGUGGAUCCGUGGAUUCAUCGUGGGCUCAUAUCAGUUUGCGAUCACUGUCGGCCUGCUGCUUGCCGCUGUUGUGAACAAUGCCACCCACAACCGCGAUGAUACUGGCUCCUAUCGCAUUCCCAUUGCUGUGCAAUUUGCCUGGGCGAUUAUUCUGGUGGUGGGCAUGCUCAUUCUGCCCGAGACUCCUCGCUUCCUGAUCAAGAAGGAUAACUACGAUGGCGCUGUUCGCAGUCUGGCCCGUCUUCGCCGUCUUCCCCACGACGACACCGCUCUCCUCGAGGAGCUUGCGGAGAUUCAAGCCAACCACGAGUAUGAGAUGAGCCUUGGAAGUGCUAGCUACCUGGAGUGCUUCAAGGGUAGUCUUGGCAAGCGUCUUUUGACCGGAUGCCUCCUCCAAGGUCUUCAGCAGUUGACCGGUAUCAACUUCAUCUUCUACUACGGUACCCAGUUCUUCAAGAACUCCGGCUUCACCAACGAGUACGCGAUCACUUUGAUCACCAGCUGUGUCAAUGUCGGUUCCACCAUCCCCGGUCUGUAUGCCAUUGACAAGUGGGGACGCCGCCCCGUUCUGCUCUGGGGCGCCAUCGGCAUGACCAUCUCCCAGCUGCUUGUUGCCGUUCUUGGAACCACCACCACCAGCCAAGAUGCUAUCGGCCAAAUCAUUGUUCACAACUAUGCUGCGCAGAAGGCUGCCAUCGCCUUCAUCUGCAUCUACAUCUUCUUCUUUGCCGCUUCCUGGGGUCCUAUCGCCUGGGUCGUCACCGGUGAGAUCUUCCCUCUCAAGGUCCGCGCCAAGUCUCUCUCAAUGACCACCGCCACCAACUGGCUCCUGAACUGGGCUCUGAGUUACUCCACCCCUUACCUGGUGAACUACGGACCCGGUAACGCCAACCUGCAGUCCAAGAUCUUCUUCAUCUGGUUCGGCUGCUGCUUCUUGUGCAUUGCCUUUGUCUACACCAUGAUCUACGAGACCAAGGGCCUCACUCUCGAGGAGGUGGACGAGCUUUACAAUGAGGUCAGCUCUGCCCGCAAGAGUGUGCACUGGCAGCCCACCUUGACUUGGACGCAAAAGCAGGAGCAGAACCACAUGGAAAAGGGUGGAGUUCAGGAGUACGAGGAAUUCAAGCAGGCUCAGGCGACCGAGCUUUAG